GUAAGACAUAUAACCACAGGCUUGCAAGAAUCCAAAGAUAUCAUCCAAACCAAGCCCCCAAUCCUAUAACAGUAUUUUACUGGGAUUCCAUUAGAUGUUUAGGCUGCAAUUCCGACUUCCCAGGAGGAUCCCUACGCCUGUGCAGCCUCUGAGACGGGCUCCCGUCUUGGAUGAAACUCAUCCAGUUUAAAUUCAGUCAGAAGGCUCUUUUCUGACUGGGAAUAAUUUCUUCCGGUUAAAGAAGAAACGUGAGAUUCCCCACAUAGCUUUGUUUUGAUUGUUGGAGUCUGGAAUUCGUCAGAAUUGUCUGUCUUCCAGCAGCUCGGACAGAGCGAGGAUUUUUAUGCUAGCUCAGCUGGAUAAGUGACCCUUUUUUUUUAUACGGAUUAACAGGCAAACAUCCUCCUGUCUACAUUCAUCAUUUUCUUAUCUAUACAGCUAAAGAGAUUUGUCAAAGUAACAGCAAUUGAGAUAACCUAGCUGACAUGGAAAAUGGCAUUCUAAAGAUUACAACGGGCGAGAGAUUUCUGAUUGGAGGAGAUAAGAAAUCUUUUUGAUCUAUGUCUGGGACUACUUUUUGAUCUACUUUUUUUUUUGACGAAUCUGCUAAUUCUCUCUGCUACUAGCUAUUUCGACGCUGUGAACUAAAGCUGUUCUUACACUUUCAGGCAGAUAAGAGAUAAGGGCUGUCUAGCGUGUGACGUUAGUUUGUUGGAAAAAUUAACUCCUUUGUAACUGGUUAAAGAAAUAAGCUGCUCUUUGUUUGGGACAUUGAAAAUUGAAGGAGUUUUGUUCCUUUGGCUUUAAGAAUGACAAUUAAGAAGACCAUGGAUGUACAAGAAGGGACUUUAUCUCUAGACAUGUUUCAGAAAAUAAUGAAUGGGAUUAACUCAAUAAAACAAGAACUGAGAAAUAAUAGACAAGCGUGGAGAAUUGAAUUUUACGAAAUGAGACAGGAGCUGAAAGAAACUCAGGAUUCUAUGAGAAAGGAGAAUAAAGAUAGAUCUGGAAAACAAAAAAAAGAUGAAAGAGAAAUUAAAGGCAAGGUUCAAACUAUGGAGAUUGGCUUAAUUAUGGACAUGAAAAAAGAUUUGGAUUUCCUGGCUGUGAUGGAUCCUGGAGACAAAUAUUACAGUUUGGAAUUCAGCGCUGUCCCUGAAGGAAUUGAAGAGAUUGGAGAUAAAGAUAUUAUCGGUUCAAAAAAAUUCUUGGACUGGAAGGAUCUGAUGGAACUUGAAAUGGAGAAAGUUAACAGAAUUAAUCCCUGUUUUGUGUCAAUGGAAAAACCUUCAAGAGAUGUACUAGUGUAUCACGUGGAAAAGAGGAACAGAGAUGCGGCUUUGCAACAAUACUUCAGUGAUACGUUUGGAUUUGAUGGUAAGAAAAUAUCUGUGAUGGAGGAAAUUCCUAUCAGACUUUUAUUAUAUGACUAUGACAGCAAGAUUUUUGGGUGCGUAAAGAUGGAAGAUGGAAGAUGGACCCAAUAUGGAUAAUGACAGAAGAGCGAUUUAAAAUCACUGGACUUAGUAGAUUUGAUGAGUUGGAUUAAUUGGCAUGUUUAUUUAGAAAAAAAAAUUUUGAUUGACAUAUAUCUCAAGGAU